CCAUAGAUAUAUGUAAACAUUGUUGAAAAGACGUGUAUUAAUUAAGAACAGAAAGAGCAUUUUAAAGGUUUAUUAUUGUGAAAAGUUUAAUAGGUUCAAAGGUAAUUCAAACCCAUCACUUGGAUUUAUAAAAUGUCUACUGAACUGGUUAUUCAAAAACAGGAUACAGAAACGCAUCGAUGUACGCUACCUGGCGAGUCCUGGAAUGUUGUAUCUAAAUUCAUCGAUAGUGGCUUAUUUGUCAACUUCAGAAGAGCAUUGAAGCGUUACACUAUGAUUAGUAAGCAUCAUCCCUAUACAAGAAUAUAUGCGCCAUCUUUGAACCGACUAAAGCAAGAGGAAAAACUGCAUCUUAUAGAGCAUUAUGGGCUUAUUCACCCUUUAAGCAUGUUUUCUUUGUACUUUGAUAUCUAUUUAUGUAUUUUUUUGAUAUUCCAUUUCUUAACGAGUCCUGCAAUUUAUGCUCUUACUACAAAUGAUGACCAAAAUUAUAUAAUGUUGCCUGUUAAUGUAACUUAUGCUGUUACGAUGAUAAUAAUGUUUCGAACUGGAGUAUAUAAUGAGAAAGACAACACAGUUUCCCUGAAACCAAGAGAUAUUGCAAUAUCAUAUAUAAAAUCAUAUUUUUUCUUGGAUUUAAGUAGUUUCCUUCCUCAAAUUUUAAGACUUAUACCUUUAUGGAAGCGCAUUCCAGACCAAAUACUAUUGAUUAUAUCACCGUUUCUAAUAACCAGUCGAUAUAUAAGAUAUUUCUGGUGCUUAAAGACUUUUAAUUUGAUUCGCUUAUAUUUUGGCUUUUCCAGUUUUGUAUUUAAAGCUUUUAGAUUAACAAUUACCAUUAUAAUGAUGAUUGUACUUGGAGUUUACAUCUUGUAUGCUCUUGUGCUUAGUGAAGAACAUUACAAAUUUAAUCGGUUUUUAAAGCAUUCUGAAAUUACUAUGAAGUUAUUAAUGAAUGUGGGAUAUGGUCGUAUUAUUGUAAUAAGCCAUCGCAUUCUAGGACCAAUUCUAUCAUCUACGUUUUUAUUUAUAGGAUUUAUUUUUCAUGUGACUGUUCUAGUUGAGGUUAAUAGUAUCUGGGUUAGAUUCUUUGGUGUGGAAAAUAAGCAAACCAUGGUUUAUGAAUCAAUUUCUGCUUAUACCAAAUACAAAGCGUUGCCAGUUAGUGUAAGAGAUCGAAUUUACCUUUAUUUGGAAUUUAAAUAUCAUGGACAUUUUUACAAGGAAUCGGUUUUAACCAAAGCUACAGCUGGGUUUUUAAGAAGAGAAAUUCUAUUGGCUUCCACUAAAAAUUAUUUGGAAAAUGUGUCUAUUUUUCGAAACAUUCCAAAUCAUCUUUUGAGAAAACUAAGAGUAAACUUGAGUACUGAAAUAUUUUUACCUGGUGAUGUUAUUAUUAAGGCUGGCAGUAGAGGAAAAAGCAUGUACCUUAUUAUCGUCGGAACUGUGUCAGUAACGUCGGAAAAAGAUGUAGAAAUAUGUCAGUUAACGGAUGGUUCUUAUUUCGGAGCAGCAGCUUUAACUCUUAAUAUCGCUCGAAUUGUAAAUGUUAUUGCCGUAACACCCUGUGAACUCUUUAAACUUGAAAGAUCUAAAUUUAGGAGCAUACUUAAGAACCACCCGCAAAUUUAUUCAGAAAUAGAGAACAAUAUUGCUGAAAAUGUCUUACUUGCAUUACGCACGGAUAAUCUUGAUACUAAAGCUAUAUAUUAGGCACAAUAUUACAUGGAUGUUAUUGAAAAGAAGUGUUUUGGCCAUUUGCUAAGUAUUUAUAGUUGUAGCUCUAAUUAUUUACUUACGUUGAUAAAUUAAAAUUGUUUUAUGUUAUUAAUGAAUUUAUUGUUAAAUAAAGUAAAAUAAUAAAAUAUGUUAUAAAGCAAA